AGGCCGGGCUAGGCAGGUGCUUUCAAAAGGCGGCCCGGCCACUUGUGCAUCUACAGUGCUUACUCUGCACCCGGCUCUACCCGGAGAGCGUGCAGGAGACAGCGGAGUGGUGGUGUCCGGACAGGGACAGCUCUGGACCGGCCACAGCACCCCUGUGCUUCAGUGGCAAGCUCAGCGCCAGGCUUCACAACGCUGCUCUCGCUUUAGUCCCAAGCGUCCAGAAACCAGGGGGUUAGAAACACUUCGCCCUGAGAGCAGAGGCAAGGGUUACGGCCUCUCCUUCUGAUGAGACGAGAAGGGAAGGAUGGAGUACACGCACCAAACUGCCCUGGUCCCGUGCGGACAAGAUAAAUACAUGUCCAAGAACGAACUUCUCCUCCAUCUGAAGACCUACAACCUGUACUAUGAAGGCCAGAACCUGCAGCUCCGACACCGAGAGGAGGAAGACGAGUUCAUUGUGGAGGGGCUGCUGAACAUCUCCUGGGGACUGCGCAGGCCCAUUCGACUCCAGAUGCAGGAUGACCACGAACGUAUCCGCCCGCCUCCAUCCUCCUCCUCCUGGCACUCUGGCUGUAACCUGGGCGCGCAGGGCACCACCCUGAAGCCCCUCACCAUGCCCACCGUUCAGAUUUCAGAAGUGGAUGCGCCCGCUGACACCAGCGAGACCCCCAGCCCCACAGACUCCAGGGGCCUGAAGCCUGUGCAGGAGGACACCCCACAGUUGAUGCGUACGCGCAGCGAUGUUGGGGUGCGUCGCCGUGGCAAUGUGAGGACAUCCAGUGACCAGCGGCGAAUCAGACGCCAUCGCUUCUCUAUCAAUGGCCAUUUCUACAACCACAAGACAUCAGUUUUCACACCAGCUUAUGGCUCUGUCACCAACGUCCGCAUCAACAGCACCAUGACUACCCCCCAGGUCCUGAAGCUGCUGCUCAACAAGUUUAAGAUUGAGAACUCAGCAGAGGAGUUUGCCCUGUACGUGGUCCAUACCAGUGGUGAGAAGCAGAAGCUGAAGAACUCUGACUACCCCCUGAUCGCCCGCAUCCUCCAGGGCCCCUGUGAACAGGUCUCCAAGGUCUUCCUGAUGGAGAAGGACCAGGUGGAGGAGGUCACCUAUGAUGUGGCCCAGUACAUCAAGUUUGAGAUGCCAGUCCUUAAAAGCUUCAUCCAGAAACUCCAGGAGGAAGAAGACCGGGAGGUGGAGAAGCUGAUGCGCAAGUACACGGUGCUUCGACUGAUGAUUCGGCAAAGGCUGGAGGAGAUAGCAGAGACCCCCGAGACUAUCUGAGCCACGGGAACAAGGGGAAUCCAGACACUCCAGGGGCUGCCGCUGACCUGAAAAGACUCGUGGGAAGCUAGGCACCGGCCUUCCACACAAACCUCUGCAGCCCCCCAGAAGCCAGCACUGUUCCCUGGAGUAGGACACAGAAGAAAUGUUCCCUAUUUCUGGAUCCCUGUCCUUUGUUUUAUUCUCUAAGGAGGCCCCACAAUGUGUGUGUUCACAUACCCUAGUGUGUGUGUGUGUGUGUUCACAUACCUGAGCGUGUGUGCUCACAUACCUGGGUGUAUGUGUGUGCACACUCACGUAUGCGUACGUGUACUUCUUAUGUCCAUGUGCCUCCUUGAUGUUUUCACAUGCAAUUAAAUUCCAAGCAUCCAGCACAGGUGCCACAAGGUGGCAGACACUGCUCCUGGGCAGGAGGAACAUGGGAGGAGCUAAGGCUUCUGCCCCUUCCGGUGCCAACGGCAGUCACACAUACCUGCCCUAUUUGAAAGGAAAGAGGGAUCUGCAGGCUCACCAUUUGGAAUGGCUGAAGGUUUGUAGCAGAGAUUCUUCUCCCCAUUUGCCAAGAAGGAUGGGUGACUGAGAGAUCCUUGGGAAUUAGUGGUGACAGCCCCACGCCCUUGGGCUCACGCCUCAGUGAAAUGGAGGCGUGAGGUCACUGCGGGGCAGAUGCAAUGUGCCCGCGAGUUUUUGCACUGCAGAGGUUAGUGUUGGAGAUAGCACAGUGAAUGUCCUGUCCUGUGUGGACACCUGGAGAGAGUGGACUCUGCCUCUGUUCUUGGCUUUGUGGAGGCUUCUCGGUGAUUCUGCCCUCUCAGUUGCUGCUCGAGUUCUUGGUGUCCUCCUUGGCUUGAAGAAAAGUCUUCUGAAAUGAAAGUAACUCCGGCCUGCUCACGCGCCCGGGGCUGGGUGUGUCAGAAGGUGCUCACCGGUAGGGCUGAAGGGACGGAUAGAGGCCACCUGCUGAAAUGACGGGCCUUCAAGUCCCAGCACACAGUCACAUCAGCGGGAGUCGUCCCCACAGGGAGUUGGGGCUUUGCCUUUAAAGUGAACACAUUAUUCUUUCUGGCUCUGCACACUUGCAAGCUUCUUCACCUUCUACACGGAGAUGGAUUCCAAGAAUGAAGACUUGUCCUGUUGUUGAUUAAAGCAGGGGUCAAGGAAGCUCUUUGGGGAGUCCUGUGAAGUGUGGGCAGAGGGGACGGUGCUCACUUAGCCUCUGAGCAGCCGUGCUGCUGAUAUUUAGAAUCAGCCUCAUUGGUAGAAUGGACAGGAAUGGCCCUGUACCCCCUCUGCUAGGGAAACUGUCGUGCAGCUGGCCACCGUGUGGCUUGCACCAUUUGAGGUGGGACAGAUAGAUGAUAGGAGCUUGGUGCUGGUCUGUGAAACGCAACCAGGCAAGAUGAGCAGCCCGUAAGUCGGGCAUCUCUGAGCCAUUUUGCUGGAUAUCACUUAGUAACCUGGCUCCUCUGCCUGGACAGCACCGAACAUCCCACGGGCAGUGUGAUGGAAACCCAGAGGACCGUAGUGCCACUCCUGUCUCCAGGGGACAUCAGCAAAGCACAAAACUACAAGCAGGGGAUGCCGCUGCCCUUGUAAUCAUAAACCGGUGGACUUCAGUAAAACCCAGAAUUCAGCAGGGAGCUGGGGGUCCCUUAUGACAGCUGAAGAGCAGCUCUGUGGGUGCAAGUAUUUGAGAAAAUGAUUUGGAUAAUUUCUCCCCCACCUAUUUUUAUCUUGAAUGUUCAGAGCCUAUAUUGCCCCAUAAUUCUCCUUUGGGACUUGGGGACCUUCCACAGAGCACUGACUCUCACUGCAAAGGGAUUUCUGGUUUGUGAAGGUUCUUUGUGAUCCUGUUAAUAUGUGACUGCUGCAGAGUGUCGGGUUGCCAGGCUCUCCAAGAAGGUGUUGCCAAGGUGUUGACGUUUAAAAUGUGGGGUUCAGAAAGAGAGUUGGGGUGCAUAUCCACUAAUCCAUCCUGGUCCAUCCCCUAGAAUCAUUUCCCACAUCUGAAUAACCGAUGGGGAAUUUUAGGAAGUUGGCUAGGGGUGUGACUCGGUGGUAGAGCACUUCGUGUGUGAGAGGCCAACUUCAAUCUCUAGUACCAUGAAAAAAGAAAGCUAGCAUUUGGGUGUGGUCCCCGUAGCAGAGGAACUGCUUAGUGUGGCAGAGCCUGGUGUCAGACUCCAGAGCCAGCCCCACCCCGUAAACUUUGGGAACCUUUAAGAUAGCUGCAGCUAAACGGACCUCUACUGUGGCAACUGGAUUUUCUCACCGGUGUCACUUGGCCUCGCGGCUUUGAACUUCAAGACUGAUUCGUGUAGGUUUAUGUAAUUGUGUGCAAUGAACCUGAAAUCCUGAGGAACAAAAGACCAACGCUUGGCUGGUGCAGGGGUGGGGGUGGGUGGCUAAUCCAACGUGUGAGAAGCGGUUUGGCUGCUUCUGAACUCCUUUUCUCCUGAAAAGGCUUAUGUUCCAAGGUGAUCAAUGCACCAGGCACCGUCAGGCGGGGCGGUGAACUCCAGCCCAGGCUCACAUUCUAGUGAUCCCAUCAGUGGGGAGGGGAUGGUUUAAAGCAGGGGGGGGUGUUAGUUGGAAAGGGGCCCAAAGCCCAAACACCAGCCUGCCUGUGCUUCUGGUGAGGAGCACACAGCUCACACUGGACAGACAUCAGCUGAGGCUGAGGAGAGAGCCUCAAGAGCUGUACCAUGGCCCAAGGCCAAGAUGUUGGUCUGAGACAAGUUGAGGUUUGGGGGGAGAAACAUUUGUACCCCUCUCCUUUGCUGACUAUUUCUAGAAACUUCCAGAUAAAGACAUUUUAUCAUUUUAUCUGUGGCAUAUGAUGAUCUUCCAAAAUCUGUUGUCCAUGCAAAAACAUCUUGGCAAGGAUCGUGUUUUGUGUGUUUAUUUGGUGUCGGGGCUGAGGGUGUGGAAGAUGAGGAAGUUGGCCAAAUUUCAAGAACACUCAAGAAAUACCAGCUCCUAUAAAACCAAGUAACCAGUAAACCUCAAAACAAAACCCAUAUUUUAUUUGAAGCUUUGUAACAUGGAGAACUUGGGGAUCAGGGAUAUGUUUCCAAGAAAGAAAUAUAGCCAGUGACCGAAGGAGUUUGAGUAUCCCACAGCAGCAAGUCUGGGGUGAGGGAGGAGAUGGGAGGCCGUCUCCCCCACUGCCUAUGGUGAAGUUUUUACUUGGGUUGUUUUCUGUCCAGCCUGGUUCCUGCCAGAUGAGAAAUCAUUGGUAAGAAUAAGCUCACAUUCAUUCUUUCAGACUAACUGAAAGUGUUCACCGAGUCUUGGCGUACACCUCCUUUCCCUCCUAUUCCCAUUAAGCUGAACACAGAGGUUCCUGACUGUGAACUUUCAGAAAAACCUCCAUCUCCAGGCUGCUGGCUUCUGGGGUUGCUCUUGGUGUCCUUCAGCUUCCCACUUAGUAGUGCGGAGUCUUUUCUCUUCUGUUAGAACCUGCCUAUAAGGAAUGGUACACGGCUCGUCUCAACCGUUCUGAACUAACAAACAGACAUGCGUAGGCAUCGUAACAUGAUCUGAUGAGGUCUUGGUGGGGA